CGGCCGCGCUUGCGCAGGACGACGGGGAGGCAGCCGGGGUCACCCUGAACUGCGCACCGCGCCGCGAUGCUGAGCAGGUUCCUGGGCCCGCGCUACCGCGAGCUGGCCAGAAACUGGAUUCCCACAGCAGGCAUGUGGGGCGCCGUGGGCACCGUGGGGCUGGUGUGGGCCACAGACUGGCGGCUCAUUCUGGACUGGGUGCCCUACAUCAACGGCAAGUUUAAGAAGGACGAUUAGUGAGACUGAUCCUCCUCGGAUCCCUGUGAAGGGCCCCGGGCCUGCGGCAGCCAAGCGGCAUCACCGGAUUUGAUUUUGGAGCCCGACAGUGGCGUCUGUCCCUCAUCACCACUCAGCGCCUCCUUUCCUACAAGAGCAGGAGCCGGGGGCUCACCCUGCCGUCUCCCCUCCAGGUGUCUGCGGUGCUGCCCCCUCCCACGUGAGGUCCUGUGGUGCCUGGAACAGCCCAGCGUGACUCAGGACUCUGUUUCUGACAACAGCUUUCAUGUUUGAAUGCACACAGCAUUAAACCGUGCUCUGAAACCCGCCCCCCA